UGUGUUGUACGUGAGUAAAAGAGGAGAGGAGGGGAGAGAAGUCAGCAGCAGCAGGCAGCCCCAACAAGCAGGGUUCCAAGUUCCAACCUCAAGAUGGUGAAGAGGAGCAAAAAAAGCAAGAGCAAGAGGGUCCCUCUAAAGAAGAAGCACAAGAUCAUAAGGAAGGUGAAGGAACACCACAAGAAGAAGGCGAAGGAGGCGAAGAAGCUCGGCCUCAACCGCAAGAAUAAGCCGGAGAAAGACCCCGGUAUCCCCAACGACUGGCCCUUCAAGGAACAGGAGCUCAAGGCUCUCGAAGCCCGCCGUGCCCGUGCCAUCGACGAAUUAGAACUCAAGAAAGCCGAACGCAAAGAAAGGGCUCGAAAGAGGAAGUUGGGUUUACUAGAAGAUGAUGAUAGCUCCCAAUUGGAUAAAUCAGCUUCUUCAGCAGAUAAUUCUACUGGAGCUGGGAAAAGCCGGGAUAACUCAGAUAGGGCUUUCUACAAGGAGUUGGUGAAAGUCAUUGAAGCAUCAGAUGUCAUUUUGGAAGUUCUUGAUGCUCGUGAUCCCCUAGGUACUAGAUGCGUUGAUAUGGAGAAGUUGGUGAUGAAAGCCGGUCCUAACAAGCAUCUCGUGUUGCUUCUGAAUAAAAUUGAUCUUGUUCCUCGUGAAGCUGUUGAGAAGUGGCUCAAGUAUCUUAGGGAAGAAUUACCAGCUGUUGCAUUUAAGUGCAGUACCCAAGAGCAAAGAUCAAACUUAGGGUGGAAAUCAAGCUCAAAGGCAGCAAAACCAAGCAAUCUUCUACAAACUAGUGAUUGUCUAGGAGCUGAUACUCUUAUUAAAUUGUUGAAGAAUUACUCAAGAAGCCACGAGAUCAAGAAAUCAAUUACAGUGGGUGUUAUUGGCCUGCCCAAUGUUGGUAAGAGUAGUCUCAUUAAUAGUUUAAAGAGAUCCCAUGUUGUCAAUGUUGGUUCUACUCCUGGCUUAACAAGAUCUAUGCAAGAGGUUCAGUUAGACAAGAAUGUCAAAUUGUUAGAUUGCCCUGGUGUUGUGAUGCUUAGAUCUGGAGCAAAUGAUGCAUCUAUAACCCUUCGAAAUUGCAAAAGAAUUGAGAAGUUGGAUGAUCCAAUUGGUCCAGUGAAGGAGAUUCUAAAGCUUUGCCCGGCCAGUAUGUUGGUAACUUUGUUCAAGGUCCCUAGCUUUGACUCGGUUGAUGACUUCCUUCAGAAAGUGGCUACUGUUAGGGGUAAGCUGAAAAAGGGUGGUGUUCUGGAUGUUGAAGCUGCCGCAAGAAUUGUUCUGCAUGACUGGAAUCAGGGUAAGAUUCCAUAUUACACUAUGCCCCCAAUUAGGAAUCAAGGAGAACCUUCAGAGGCCAACAUUGUUUCUGAGCUUGGGAAAGAGUUUAACAUUGAUGAGGUUUAUAACACUGAAUCUUCGUUCAUCGGAAGCCUCAAGUCUGUUGAUGAUCUCAAUCCUGUGGAAGUUCCUCCAAGUUGCCCCCUCAAUUUUGAUGAGGAUAUACUCGAGAAUGAUGAACCAAAACUAUCAAUCCAAGUUGAUGAAGGCCCCGAAGACAUGGCUAAUGAUGAAGAUGAUGUGUCCAUGGCAUGUGAAGAAGAUGAAGAAGGCAGGAACAAGGGAAAAACUGCUACUAGCAGGCAGAAUGAGAAGUUAUAUGCAGUUGAAGGUAUGCUAAAUACAAAGAUGAAGAAAGCAGAGAAGAAGAGAAGGAAAAAAGCUGAAAAGUCAAUCCCAGAAGAUGCCAUGGACGAUGACUACGAUUUCAAAUUGGAUUAUUUCAAGAAGGGAUCUGCCAUGGAUGUUGGUGAUAAGGACAAUGAAAAUCAAAUAAUUGGUAAGGUGCCUAUGUCAGGUAUUGAGUUCCCUGAUGAGUGAUGUAAGGGAUAAACCAUGAGUUAAAAGUGGCAUGCCUGCUCCCUAAAAUGGACUACAUGCUUUUAUUUUAUUUUUUUUCUUUUGGUAGAGUCAUCAAAUUUUGGUUAUCAUAUUUUAUGUCAUCCUUUUGGACAACAUUUACACCGAAAUGUGAAAUGAAAUAUUGAAUUGUAAUAGAGAGAGAAAGUUCAUGAGAAAUUUGAUAUCAGGCUAAUCCAAUGCCUUUUCUGUUCAA